AUGAAAAUAUUGAAUGGUACUGGACCUAAUUCUGACCCCUGUUGAGUCCCCCUUUGGUUCCUUCCCCCAGUUUGACAGCGAACAGUUGAUCUGCUUUUUGAGUAUGGUCUUUCAGCCAGUUGUGUGCUCACCUGACCGUAGUUUCAUUUAGACCACAUUUCCCUAGUUUGCUAAUGAGAAUUUCAUGUGGCACUUUGUCAACCCCCUAAGUAAAAUCCAGAUAUAUCACAUCUGCAGCUUUCUGCCGUCUACUUGGCCAGUAACUCUGUCAAAGAGAGAAGUUAGGUUGGCUUGUCAUGAUUUGUUCUUGACAAAUCUAUGUUGGCUAUUCCUUAUAUCCAUAUUAUCCUCUCAAUGCUUUGGGGGUUGCAAAGGAUUGUGAGUUCAGGGUCACAGGAAGAACCAAUGUGAGCGGGUUUUGGGUGCAGUGAGCAGGAUGGGUAAGCAGGGGUGAGUUGAGAAGUUUCCUUCUUAUGUUAAACUUUGAGAUCUACUGAUAAGAGUUACACUAGACAAGUAUGUAUUAUUACUUACUUACUUUCUGCUCCAUGCUGUUUAUCUCUCAUCCACCUGUUGCUUUCUGUCAUGCACUUAGAUUGUAUAUUCUCUGGGGGAGAGACUGUAUUCUUGCCUGUACAGUACCUGUCUGUGGCCCCUCAGCGCUAUUGUAAUACCAAUAAGGAGGGAUAGCUGGGCUGGGGGUUUCCCAUGGGUUGCACAGAUUGUUCGCCUUUCAAGUGCUGCCUUAUAUGACCACCACCAGCUGUGGCAGUGCACAGUAAUUGUAAGCUGCUCUUAAAACAGAGCUCACUUUCUACACCACUAAAGGAGAGGCUUAAACAGCAUGUCGGUACCUAUGAAGUUACGCAUGUGGAGUGCGUGUGUUUAAAGAAAAAUCUGUAAUUAUCAUGUUUUAAAAGGCAGCUUUGUUUUGUUGAGCAUCUUUCACACAAAGUAUCCAGGAAAUGCUUUAGUUUUGCAAAAUUAACAUUAAAUAUCAGAGGGAGGGAAAAACCCACAGCAGUCAAAGAGGGCAAAGGAAAACACGCGUAUCUUUAGAUGAGAUUUGGAGCUAGAUAGAGAAUUGGCGAAGCGAUCCUGGGAGGCUGCUCCAGAUGGCAGGAGCUCAUGCCAGCAGUGCUGAAGAGACAGAAGAGGCCGGGUGCUCGCUGAACUGAGAGGUGGAAUUGAGAUGCUGCCCUCCAUGAGCAAUGUUACAAAGCAGGGCAGGUGAUGUGACGGGCAGACCUUUCAGACGCAGAAGGCACGGGAGGAGAAGAGUUGAGGCCCAGGGAUGACUCUUAUACUUGGAGCUCAGUCUUAAAACUUUUUCAGAAUGCAGGAGCCUGCCACUUAAGUAGAGUAGAUGGCUGAGAACACAUCCCACCCGUGCUCUGCACUCUACUCUGGCUGCCAGUCUGAUAAUGGGUCCAUUUCCAAGUCCUGGUCUUUAAGGACCCAACUGGGCUAGGACCUAGUGGCCUAGAAGAGCAUCUCUCACAACACACCUCCCCACAACAGGUAAGACUGGUGAGGUUGCUUCAGCUGGCACUCCCCAUGGGCUGCUUUCUCAAUAUUGGGCCAGCCACUGGAAUUCACUCCUAGUGGGUCUAAUUCUCAUCACCUUUGGGGUUCUCUGCAGGACACACUUCUUUCAGACAGGCUUCCUCCUAACAGAGUCACGGAGGGUUCCCUGGCAAUAGAUGGUAGCCUGUUCCAGAAUUGGGAGGCAAGAGACCUUACAUUCCAAACCUUGCCAAUGAGUCGCAGUGUGACCUGGGGUAAUUCACAUCACCGCUCUGUAGCUCAGGAUCCCCAUCUGAAAAAUGGAGAUUAUGAUGCUGACCCUCUUAUGGGAAGCAAUUUGAGAGCUGGUGAGGCUGCUACUUAUUGUAUCCCAUUGCCUGCGAUGGUGCCUUACCUGAGUAAAAUGGCUCUGUCUGAGGCAGGGGAGGAGAGAAGGUGGCAGCUCUAAUAGGAUUUGCUGCAUGCUCCGGUGCUAUGGCAGCAGGUGCCUUCAAAAUAAUUUGUUAUAACAAGCAGCAGAAAAUACUAAUUUAUACAGAGGAGUCGUCAGAGCAACUUAGUGGUAAGUCUGGAAAUGAUGUGAUGGAGCCAAUUGACUUUGCAUGUGACUAGAUUAACUAAUCUUUCUCUGUCUCCCUGCCCUGUCCUAGGAUGAUGGCCUCUAUGCCCCUCCGGGUGACCUGCAGUCUGAUCUCCUGGCUGUCUCUCUACACCUGGUUCUGCCAUCGGUAUAAACACAGGAGUUAUGAGUGGAGCUGCCGGCUGGUCACUCUGACCCACGGUGUCCUCGCCACCUGCCUCUCUGCUUACAUUGGUUUUAUCGAUGGCCCCUGGCCUUUGACUCACCCAGGGUCCCCGAACACAACCCUCCAGGUGCACGGGCUGUGCCUGAGCUUGGGCUACUUCCUCUUCGACCUGGGCUGGUGCGUAUACUUCCAGGCGGAGGGUGCUCUGAUGUUGGCCCAUCACAUGGUGAGCAUCUUGGGAAUCACGGUGUCUCUGGCCCUGGGUGAGUCGGCUGCCGAAGUCAACGCCGUCAUCUUUGGCAGCGAGAUCACCAAUCCGCUGCUGCAGGCCCGCUGGUUCCUGCGGGAGAUGGGGCUCUACCACAGCUUCACGGGGGACGUGGUGGAUUUCUUCUUCGUGGCCCUCUUCACGGGCGUGCGGAUCGGGGUCGGGGCCUGGCUCAUGUACUGCGAGCUUGUGUCACCCAAGCCCAGGUGGUUCAUUAAGGUGGGGGGGGUGAUUAUGUACGCGGUCUCCUGGGUUUUCAUGGUCAGCAUUUGCCGCUUCGCUAGGAGGAAAAGCAUGAAGAAGUACCAUGCCUGGAGGAGCCGGAGGAACGAGGAGCUGUACUCGGAAACAAACGGCUAUCUGAAGAGUCAUUAACCCUGCGGACUCCAAGUUCACAAUCUUGCAAGAAGGGGAUCGAGCCCCUGGACAGGAAGGUCAUUCUUGGGAGAUGAGCCAUUUAACAUUAGAGAGAACUGAGCCAAGUGCAUCCCUGGUGUAACGCCAUUGAAGUCAGUGGAGUUACACCAUCAAUGCAUUGAGUCUGGGGAGUGUUGCCUGGAAGAGACUGGAUUAGAGGUGUGCUGUAUGUAUGUAGACAUAUAGCAAACGGCGUGAGUGGGGAAAGGGCUUAAUUUACAAUUAAAGCAGUUGCCAGUGCAUCAGCACAGGUGUAAAUACCAGUGUUAGUGGCUGACUCCUUCAGCACUGAUCUAAUCUUGAAGGAGAUAAGAUCAAGCACUAGGUCUGUGUUCAAUGUACUGCACAGUGCAGGCACCUAGUGUGACUCUGAUUUCCUGCUCAGAAGAGGUGUGGUCUAGUGGUUGGCGUGGGGAAACUAGGAGUCAGGAUUCCUGGCUCUGCCACCAACUCGCAAGGUGAGUCGCUUAGCUCUCUUUGUGCCUCAGUUUCCCCAUCUGUAAAGUGGGGAUAAUGAGGCUGAUCCACACCUCUGUGAAGCACUUUCAGAUUCUUGGGUAAAAGGGGGUCUGUAUAUGCAAACUGUGGUAGAUAUUUAUUAUUAUCUUGGCAUUUCCUUUGGAAGAGAGAAGCUUGGCGGUUGAGCCAGAAUGCAAGUGCAGGUUAGAUAGCAGUUGAGUCAGUAUUAUUUUUCUUCUGGUUGCUUGUAAUUCUUUAUGAAUUUAUUUAUUUCUGUUAUUUCUGUUACAGUAGCGCCCAGAAUCGAGGCCUCGGUGUACUAGGUGCUGUACAAACACACACACUGAGGCAGUCUCUGACGCAAAGAGCUUACAAUGGCUUUUCCCCCCAGCUCACUCCUUCCCACCCCUGAUCGUUAAAAACGAUACUCACAAUGUCGUUCUCGGUUCCCUCUCCAGUAGUCAGGUGUCUAACUGCUCCCAUCACAAAAAGCCACAUCAGCAAGGGGCUAUAACUGCCCCACUUGCUGGCUGUCUCCGGAGGUGGGCUGAUCCGCCCAUGGAGACUGAAUUCCCCUUUGCGAUGCUUCCCAUCUGUCCAGGGACAGGGGAUAGCACAGAGGAAGCUUGUUUUGCUGCUUAGCGUGCUCUAACUUGUGGAUAAAUGACAUAGUUAAGGCUGGUCAAACCAACAUCUCUCUCCAGCAGUAAAUUCAUUUAAAAACCUAAAUCCUUAAGUAGGAUGAGACUGGCAGCUCGCAGAGUAACAACCAGAUCCUGACCUUGGUUAACCUAGAGUAAAGGCAAUGCAUUUCCACUGUGGAUUUAAACCAGUGUAUCUGAAACCAGAAUCUGGCCUAGUGUUGCCUUUGUGAUAGCCGGCUGACCUGUACAUAGGAAAGCUGUGUUGAUGACACUGGCCCCAUGCACAGAUUCUGCUGUGUUGGGAAAACUGUGUUCCAGUUUUCAGAUGCUGUUGUGUUUAUCUCGCUGCAGUCUCUUAAGCGCAAUUUGGUUUUGAUCCUGGCCCUUUUACGUGUGGAUUCCGCCAUGCACGAAUCUACAGUUCAUAUUUCAGUUCUCCUGUAGACAUCGCCUGUUGCAACCAAAGAACUGACAAGCGAAUUGCCACAUGCCAGCUUCAGGUGAACAGAGCUGACAGAAGGGCAGACCAGCCCUCAAAGGGAAACUCCACCUGUUUUGCUCGGUGCAGUGAUACAAAUGUUCACUCUUGAAGGGAGGUAGGUGGUUAGCACAGGUAAGUGGUAAUCAGGACUCCUGGGUUCUAUUCCUGGCCCUGCCACUGACCUGUGUGUCGUGUGACCUCUUUGCUUUAGUUUACCCAUCUAUGAAAUGGGUAUAAUAUUGACCUACCUCACAGGGGUAUCUUGAGGCUUAUCAACAGUAAAGCACUUUACCCACCUAUGGUGAGUGCUUUCAGGUCUCUGGUGAGCCGUGCUGUAUAAGUGUAGAGUGUUACUGCUGUGAUUUGAGAACUUUCCCCCAUGGUAUAUAAACUAUGAAUUAUAACUGGGACUAAACUUUCUAACUCAAACAUAGCACUUCUCAAUCCCUGGUUUACUCAAAUCACAAAACCCCAGAGGGAUGUGAUGCUUUUGAACAGUGUUUACAGGCAGGAUUCUGAGAGGUACCAGUUGCUACUGUGGACUGGAAAUAUAUUUAGGGGCCAGUCCUGCAAUCUCUUCUCAGGUAAAGUUUCUGUUUGAUUAAAGAGAGGGUGGUGGGGUUGUUUGCCCACGUGGGAACUACAGGAGUACGUCUGGAGUCUCAACCACCUCCUGCAGUGGGCCUGAACCUGAAAAUCUUUUUGUGUGGACCUCUUAUCAGUCAAUAAAGGGUUUGUGCAGGGCAGGCUUGAAGGUUGGAGUCUCAAGUAGGCUUAGAAGAAAGCUGAGCCUGGUAUGUUCUAAUUGCCGGCCAGGAAUGGUUCCGUGCGCAGACCUGAUGGUUUGGUUUGAGACCUAGAUCUUCAGAGAAGUUUGGUGUGCAGUUGCAUUCAAAGUUGAUGCCGUUACAUGCACAAAUGGUCGAGUAGCCAUGGUGGUGCGUGCAGUGGAAGUAGUAGCACAUGCAAAUUAGAUAGGCACUUUGCACAAGCCGGUGUGCGCUUAGAAAAAUAUGAGCUGUAAUGGCCAAGGAGUUCCUUUAUUUGUGCUUCCGAGAGUAGAAAGGGGACUUGUUGCAGAGCCUCUGAUGAGUAUCAGGACUGUUUAGAAUGUUAUACAAAGACAAAAAGAGUAAUUGACAGUGGCUUUGCAGAAAAGAGAGGCAAGACUGCUUCUAGCAAAGGCCUUGUAGUGCCUGCAGUGGGCACAAGUGCAGAAUCAUGGACCCGGGGAGAGGGAAGAUACCUUGCCAUCUGAGUGAAGCACAUGGUGGGAGAGAAUGUCCCAAAUUACACUGAGUAGAAGGGCUAACCCAUGGUGUCUGGAACAGAUGUGUGGGACCAGUGUGAAAUACUAACUUGUGUUUGAAUUACUGUGUAAUAAUUAUUAAUGUUCCACCGGUGGAUGGUGUAGAAGCUUUCUAUUACAUUUUAUAAAAUAAAGACACUUUAACUAUACAAGGAACCGAGUCUCUCUCUCU